UGAAUUUUAAGCUAUUGUGGUGCUUAGGAAGAGUUUCAAUAUAGUGCAGAAAAUCUUGGAUAUUUUCAAUAAAAAUGCCGUCCAUUCCACACAUGUACCCGAUGAAGUUCGUCCACCGCGAAGCGUGGGGAGCCUUGGAGGCUAAGGAUGAGAAUUUCCUCCCUCAUCCUAUAGAAGGGAUCAUCCUAACCUACACUGACACUCCAAGGUGUUUAAACAAACGGGAUUGCUACGAAACUUUGAGAACUAUCCAGCUUAGGGAUAUGAACAGAGGAUAUCAUGACAUCAAGUACAAUUAUUUGAUAGGUGGUGAUGGUUACUCCUACGAAGGCCGGGGAUGGACUCUACUGCCUCCUAGAUCCAAGCUUUACCCCUAUCUUCACGGAAGGGUUGCCAUCUUUGCAUUCAUUGGAUUCAGAGGCAAACGACCGCCAGUAUACGAAGAGAAGGCCUCGUGGAAGCUGAUCAAAAGGGGAAUGCGACAGAUGUUUACCAACUUUCGUCCAACGUUUUACAACGAUAUGAAUUAG